UAAUCUUCAAUCAGUAUACUGUUUUGGAACAUUUUUAAAUCAGCAGUAUGAAUGAAUGUUAUUGAACAGUAUUUAUCACAUUAAAGUUGGUUUUCGUUGGAUUUUCUAAAUGAAUAUUCUGCCAAAGAAGAGUUGGCAUGUUCGUAAUAAGGAUAACGUUGCCAAAGUAAGACGAGAUGAAGAGAAUGCAAGGCUUGAGGAAAAAGAGCAAAAUCGUCGCGCUGCUUUGGCUGAGCGAGAAGCAAGAACAAAACAUCUACGAGAUAAAGCUCGUCAAAGAGCAAUUGAAAGCGGGGCUGAUUUUAAACAAAUAGAAGGCUCAUCUAAGAAAAGUCUUGUACCUACAAAUUUCUUUACGGAUUCAACACUUGAACGGGGUGCAACUUCAUCAAUAAAAAAUGUGGAACAUGAAAAAGAGAAAAAAGAAGAACAAGUGAAUUAUGAAAAGAAGAUUGGUCUCUUGACUUACUUGGGCCAGAGUGCAGCGGAAACAAUGGAGGACUCUGACAAGCCAUGGUAUUUUAAAACACCAAAGCGAUAUUCAGAUGGUAAAAAAGGGGAUUCGUCUAUCGAGGAUCAUCAAGAAGCAGAUUUGAAAAGAAAAAAUUCUUUGGAUCCAAUCCAAGCAAUGCAAAAUCAUCUACAGAAGAAAAAACUUGUGGAAUCGAGAAAAGAAAAAACGAAAAAGAAACAUAAGAGAAAACACAAACAUCAACAUUUUAAAAAGGAAUCUGUCCCACGCCGAUCGGGUUCAUCUAAUGAUAAAUUAGCGAAAUUAAGAGAAGAAAGACUUAAGCGAGAGAAAAAGGAAAGAGAAAGGACUAUAGCACUUUUAAAUAAUGGAGAAUCCAAUUCAUCUAAUAAUUAUAACAUUGAACGAGGGCGAUAUAAUUCCCAAUAUAAUCCUCAUCUUGUGAGACAAAAAUAUCAUUCUAAAUAUUGAUAUCAGAUCGUUUUUAUCUCUGAAUAAGGUCCAGUCUUUCACAAUAUAUUUUAUCACUGUGAUUAAACAAAUCAGUUAGAUAUCUUGUAUACAUUUUAAACCCCAGUUUUGGGUCUAAGCGCCUAAUACUCAUUUGCAAGUCAAGCUAAAUCUCUGAUAUUCGAUUUGUGAGCCCAGUCCAAGUCGUCGUGCAUUUCACAUUACCACCAAAAGUUUUGUCUUGUGUUUAACCAGAGUUGUUUUGAUAAUUUAAUCAGUGUUGGAUUUCAUAAUGUAUUGCAGUAUUUACCUCUCCAUCAACCCAUCCUAAUAUGAGUUAGCCUAUUUCUACAAGCUGUAAAUUUUUAGUUUUCCAAUUCAGUAUGUGGUAAAUCAUAUUUUACCAAAAUUUUGUUUCAUUUUCAAAAUUUUGACCGAAAUUAUCUUUAGUCCCAAGUCAAAUCUCUCUGGUGGUUGGAAAAAUCUUUCUGUUCAAAUGAUCUGAGUCACUUCGACUCUGGUUCCCUAAAACUGUUACACAGAUUACAGUUACAGAUAAAUAAUUUGCAUUUUUCCGGGUAAUAUAAAAGAGAUUCUAUUCUUCCAUAUUGAGUCCUACGAGAAACAUUUGUGAUGCUAGAUCUCUGAACUUAUUCGUAAUUUAUAGUUUAAGUGAUUUUAAAUACAAAUUGUCGAUUUGACAUUUAUAAUGAUAUCGACAUUGAUAUUUAUAAUAUUGCGCAUUGAUUUAUAUAACAAUGUUAUUAACUAGGAUAUUUUUGUUUUUGAAUUUCAAGA